GCCCGUCCGUGGCCCUGGGGGCCGGGGGAAGGGAUCCUUGAGAGGGAGUGAUAACCGGAAGUGGGGGACCCGAGGAGCGAGACCCCAGGCAAUGGGGACACCUGGGGAAGGGGUGACAACCGGAAGUGGGGUCUCGAAAGGCUGCUACGGGACGUAGGGUCUGUGGGGCCCCAGGAGCGAUGGCAUCCUGACCUCUCCUUGCUUGGGUGGCGUGGGGAGGAAGGUGGUGCUCACAGGGUGAUGGACUCAGGUGAGGAAGCUUCAUGGCUCCACCCUAACGAGUGGGGUUUGCACUCCCCCCUGUUCGGCCAUCAGCUCGGUGCCUGACAACUGCCCAGACCCUGGAGACUAGCCCGAGGCUCCGGGGAGUGCAGGGCCCGCCGGGUGUGUGCCCCUGGUCCCAGCACUUACCUCCACAUCCGUCGCUGGUGGUGUUGAGCUGCCUCACGGGCCAGGCACUGGGGCAGCGGUUCUCAACCUGUGGGUCGCCACCCCUUUGGAGGUCGAACGACCCUUCCACAGGGGUCGCCUAAGACCAUCGGAAAACACAUAUAUAAUUACAUAUUGUUUUUGUGAUUAACCACUAUGCUUUAAUUAUGUUCAAUUUGUAACAAUGAAAUUGGGGGGUCACCACAACAUGAGGAACUGUAUUAAAGGGUCGCGGCAUUAGGAAGGUUGGGAACCACUGCACUGGGGAGAUCUGUGAACAUGCCAGGCAAAUGGUCUGCCCCCGUGGAAUUUACAUCCUAGUGGGCAGUUUCCUCCCACUUACAAUGGGAGGAGUAAUAGAGCCGGCACCAAAUACAGUGAAGAGUAAAAGAAAAGUUCUUAUUCACCACGGCACCCUGGUAGCUAAUGUCAGAAGAAAGUGACUCUCUGAGAACUAGCCCUUCUGUGGCCUCACUUUCCGAAAAUGAGCUGCCACCAGCACCCAAGCCUCCUGGCUACGUGUGCUCGCUGACGGAAGAACUGGUCGCCAAGGCCAGGGAAGAGCUGCAGGAGAAGCCGGAGUGGAGACUCCGAGACGCGCAGGCCCUCCGCGACAUGGUGCGGAAGGAGUGCCCGGGCCUGCGCACCGCUCUGGACGACGCCUUCCUGCUGCGCUUCCUCCGGGCCCGCAAGUUCGAUUACGACCGGGCCCUGCAGCUCCUGAUCAACUACCACGGCUGCAGGAGAAGUUGGCCUGAGGUCUUCCAGAACCUGAAGCCGUCGGCCUUAAAAGAGGUCCUCGCUUCCGGAUUCCUCACCGUGCUGCCCCACACAGACCCGCGGGGCUGCCAUAUCCUCUGCAUCCGCCCAGACAGAUGGAUACCGAGCAGCUAUCCAAUCACUGAAAACAUCCGAGUCAUAUACUUGACGUUGGAAAAGCUCAUUCAAUCUGAAGAGACCCAAGUGAAUGGAAUUGUAAUUCUUGCAGACUACAAAGGAGUGAGCUUAUCUAAAGCAUCUCACUUUGGCCCUUUUAUAGCCAAAAAGGUGAUUGGCAUCCUUCAGGAUGGCUUCCCCAUUCGGAUAAAAGCGGUCCAUAUCGUGAAUGAACCUCGAAUAUUUAAAGGCAUUUUUGCCAUCAUAAAACCAUUUCUGAAGGAGAAAAUAGCAAACAGAUUUUUCCUCCACGGGUCUGACCUGAACUCUCUCCACAUAAACCUUCCAAAAAGUAUUCUCCCCAAGGAGUACGGGGGCACGGCUGGCGAGCUGGACAUUGCUGCCUGGAACGCGGUGCUGCUGGCCUCAGAGGAGGACUUUGUGAGAGAGUUCUGCCAGCCUGUCCCCGCCUGCGACAGCAUCCUGGGGCGGGCCCUGCUGCCCGAGGGGCUGACCUCAGAUGCGCAGUGUGAUGACUCCAUGCGGGCUGUGAAAUCACAGCUGUACUCCUGCUAUUAGCCAGUCCCUUGUGAGCACCACCAGCUUUAAGUCCU